CAAACAGCAUGGCAAUCACAUCGUCUCCUCUACCGUCGUCGAUGGGUUGCAGCUCGCACCCUGGCGACGCCGGCGCGAGCUACGUUUCUUCAGAUACGCUACGCACACGUUUCUCGACAGCCCUAUCUACAAUGUACAGGAACGAGGUGCCUUUGUACGGCGAUCUUAUAACUUUAGUGACCGACGUCAACCACGACGUCCUCUCAGAAUCGGCUGCUCUGGACAUUGACAAGCCCAUCGCUGACGGCGAUCUUAUGCGACUCACACUCGAGAGACAUGGCGCCAUACGCGUCGGCACGGCAGCCGAGUUUGCCGUACUGGCCAAAAUCUUUGUCCUGCUGGGCAUGAGCCCAGUGGGCUUCUACGACCUAUCUGAGUGUGGGUUGCCGAUUCAGGCUACUGCUUUCAGGCCCAUCGGUGAGGGUGCCUUGCAGCGCAAUCCUUUCCGAGUCUUCACAUCACUGUUGCAGCUGGACCUUAUACCUGACGCUCAGUCUCGUCAGCUAGCCCAGUCAAUCUUGCAAAAGAGGGACAUUUGUCCAGAUGCUUUGAAGCAACUAUUAGACCGAAUUUUUUCGGGUGUACAGGAGGGCAAAAGGCCACUUCUAUCUGAGCAAGACGCUGCUGCCUUCAUUCCGCUCGCCAUCGACGUCUUCAGGUGGCACAGCAAUACCACCGUGUCGCGACAAGACUACGACACUCUCAGGAAAGUCCACCCCCUCAUCGCCGACAUCUGUUGUUUCUCCGGUCCUCAUAUCAACCACUUGACUCCAAGGACGCUGGACAUCGACGCGGUCCAAAUUGGUAUGAAUGCCAGAGGCAUUGAUGCCAAAGAGAUCAUAGAAGGCCCUCCUCGGCGUGUCAACAGCAUCUUACUGCGACAGACGUCUUUCAAGGCGCUGGAGGAGGCCGUGUACUUCCUCGAUCAGUCGGCCGUGGGCGGCCGUACUUUGGGACACCAUACCGCCCGGUUCGGCGAAAUCGAGUCGCGAGGUGCGGCGCUGACCCGGAAAGGGCUGAGACUGUAUCAAAGCAUCAUGAACAGCUUCAUUCACUCCGAGCAGGAGGCCACUGAAGCUGACUCGACCUACCAGGACCGUCUAGAGGCUGCUUUCAGAAGCUUCCCAGAUGAUCUUGCUGCAAUGCGUGAACAAGGGCUAGCAUACUUUACCUACUCUCUGCACCGUGAUGAUACUCCAGCGGAAAGAGGCAAGGGGAGUGCCUCAUUGUCAAGACGGUCGUCAGCGUCUGCACUUGAUCAAGCCCUUGCACAGCACCGACUAGUGAUUCGCUAUGAGCCGAUCACCUACGAGGACUUCUUACCGCAAAGCGCCGCCGGCAUUUUCAGCUCAAAUCUCGCAUCAUCCCCGAAAGAAAGCCCUGCCUCAAACCGAUCAUCACCCGUAGCUGGUGAAGGUGAAGACGACAAGAAGAAGGCGUUCGAAGAGCAGAUCGGGCUCAAGAUCGGCGACUACUUUGAUCUGUACGAGGAAGCGCAGAGGCAGAGUGUCGAACAUGUUGCAGACCGGCUACAUCUAUCAUUCGAAGAAGUGCAUGUGGCGCUUGUCGGUCGCAAGUGAAAGUUGAGGCGUAUGAGAUGUCCGAGCCCAUGUAUAUAAUGUCUUGCUAUGAUUUCGAGAAUGUGAAGCUUGCUCCUGGAG